CAGGCCGCAUUUACCGCCGCGUCCGCGCCUGGUCCCUGGCCCCUCAGCGGUAUGGCGUGCGGGGCGACGUUGAAGCGGCCCAUGGAGUUCGAGGCGGCGCUGCUGAGUCCCGGCUCCCCGAAGCGGCGGCGCUGUGCCCCUCUGCCCGGCCCGGCUCCCGGCCUUAGGCCCCCGGAGGCCGAGCCGCCGCCGCUUCAGACACAGAUCCCACCGCCGGCUCUGCAACAGCCUGCCUCGCCCGGUAGCGAGCGACGCCUUCCAACUCCGGAGCAAAUUUUUCAGAACAUAAAACAAGAAUAUAGCCGUUACCAGAGGUGGAGACAUUUAGAAGUUGUUCUUAAUCAGAGUGAAGCUUGCACUUCGGAAAGUCAUCCUCACCCCUCAGCACUCACAGCACCUAGUUCUCCAGGUUCCUCCUGGAUGAAGAAGGACCAGCCCACCUUUACCCUCCGUCAAGUUGGAAUAAUAUGUGAGCGUCUCUUAAAAGACUAUGAAGAUAAAAUUCGGGAGGAGUAUGAGCAAAUCCUCAAUACCAAACUAGCAGAACAAUAUGAAUCUUUUGUGAAAUUCACACAUGAUCAGAUUAUGCGACGAUAUGGGACAAGGCCAACAAGCUACGUGUCCUGAAGGUUUCUUGCAUAUCUGAGUACCAGGUUUGACCUCAAGAGAUGGCUGCUGUAUACUUUUUGCAACUGGUUUGAUAUCACAUUUCAGCUCCAACUUUGCAUCCUGAGAACACUUAAUUGUUUCUGCAGGUCCAUUUUAUACAACUUGAAAGAUGUUGAAACUUUCUGGUUGCCACAAGCAUAUCUUUCUUUCCUGCUCAUCCAAUAAACAGCUGUGCCCUACUGUGAUAGAUUUUCCAAACAAAAAACCUGGAGCAGCAGUUUAGUAAAAUAUGCCUUCAGUGGCACUCAACAAAUGGAGUUUCCCCAAGCACAGUUCUGUAAGAAGUGUGUGUGUGAGAGUGUGUGUAUAUGUGUGUAUGUGCAUUUUAAGUUAUUAUUUGUAUUGUGCAAAUUUUUUGAUCUUGGGGAUUCUGGCUGUGAAUUUGAUGCACGACAAUUAUGGUUAAAAACAUUUGCUUGGUCUACAGAAGAUCAUUAAUGUUUUGUGACCAUAUAAGUUGUAACAGUGGAUUAUUUUAUGUGUAGGUAUUAUUGUUAAAUACAAGGACUGUUUCCAGGCACAGAAUAUGAAUCAUAAGUUAGGAUGGACAUUAGAUAUGAUUAUGACAUAGCGAAGGUCUGCAGUCUAGGUCUGCAGAUGCAUGGUGAGGAAUUACAACAAAUUGGAGGAUAGGCCAUUCGACACAUGGACUCCGCCUAGCCGUGUUACAAAAAUACUUUGACUCCAAGCCUUAAAAUACCCACAUGGAGUCUGUGCUCACCUCAUUCACACAAUCAGAGAGCUCCCUGGACACUAAACCUCUCCAGGGAAAAGAUCUCUCCUAGAGCAGGAACAUCAGGGUUUGUUCCAUAGCAUAGCAUAGGUGAGCAUGGGGCUGGGCCAGCCCCAGUGGCACUGCCACUUGGGCAGAAUUGGGAUCCUUUAGUUGGGUUUCCCCAAAUUCUUUUAAGAGGCGUCCGUGUUCAACUGCUUGAGUUUUGUUUUGGUAACCUCCUGCCUGAGGUUGCUUAUGGGCUGUUCUUCACUUGGUUUCCAAGGCUGAGGAACAGAAAGUAGCCUCUGUUUUGAGGAGGUGGAAGUUGAGUAUACAUUUAUUUUUUACUGUGACUUGUUCAGGACCACAUUUUACAAAAUGCCUUGUUUCAUUAUUGUUUCUGGAAAGGAAAGUUCUAUUAAAAUUGUUUUAGUUUAAUAUAGAAUAGUUUUUUUUAAUUAGGGCUUAUUUUGAAAAAUUCUGAAUUUAAUUCAAAUGUAUGCCAAUACCUUCCAAAGUAAGGUAAUAUUCACAGACAGUUGUUCAGAUCAGAUGGCUUAGAGAAAUUUCUGGAAUAUUCACAUUCAAAGAUUCCUUAUUAAUGAAUGUCUUUGACAUAAACCUAACCAAAAACUGCAACAUUAUUCUUUGUAAAUUUUCAUUAUAUAGUGUUAACAAGCUUAGUUGCAAACAAAUAAAAUACUUAAGCUAUUUGUUUACCUUGCCUUCUUACUACUGUGAUAAUGUUUAUUCAUUCAAGUAAUUUAUGUGAGGCUGCUAUAACUUUCUCCAGUUCAUCAUUACGUUGAAGAUUUAUAGACUUUAAAGCCCAGCAUUGAUCUUUUAAUUAUUAAAGAAUGAAU